AUGGAAUGUGUAAGAACUGUGAGCUAUAGCAUUAUGAUUAAUGGAGAGCCUGCUACUCCAUUUGAGGCUGCUAGGGGAUUAAGGCAGGGUGAUCCUAUGUCACCCUUGCUCUUUGCUAUAGGGAUGGAAUAUUGGAGUAGAAUGUUGAAUGGCCUCAAGAUGAUAAAGGAAUUUCACUACCACCCAAGAUGCUCUAAACUUGGAAUAAGCCAUUUAUGUUUUGCUGAUGACUUGCUCCUAUUCUCAAGGGUCUACUUCGGUGGAGUAACACAAGCUGCCCAAGCGAGCAUCUUAAGCAAAUUGGGAUAUUCUUAUGGGGAGCUUCCCUUUAAAUACUUAGGGAUUCCACUAGCAACUCAAAAGAUAUCUCUUAUCCAAUGGCAACCACUGAUUUCCAAGAUCACGGCUAAAAUCUCAUUCUGGACAGCUCGAAAACUCUCUUAUGCAAGCAGGGCUCAACUUAUUCAGACAAUACUAUUUGGACUGCAAGCAUUCUGGGCACAAAUUUAUAUCAUUCCUAAUAAGGUCAUAAAGAUCAUAGAAGCUCAUUGCGGGAGCUACUUGUGGUCUGGGAGUAAUGCUAUAACCAAAAAAGCUUUAGUAGCAUGGGAUAAUUUGUGCUCUCCUAAGAGUGUGGGAGGCUUGAACAUAACUAACAUGUACAUCUGGAAUAGGGCAGCAAUUGCUAAGCACUGGUGGGAUAUUGAGCAUAAACAGGAUAAAAUGUGGAUCCGAUGGAUUCACACCUACUAUAUCAAACAACAGGCAAUGAAGUGUGUGCAGGCCAUAACUGCAAGGACCACAGUGCCAUGGAAGUGUAUGAUGUUCCAGAACACAGCUAGACCAAAAGUUGUUUUUACUAUUUGGCUGAAACUGUUGGGAAGGCUACUCACUGUUGAAAGAUUGGCAAAGUGGGGAAUAGAGGUGAAGCCCAAAUGUUGUCUAUGUCAAAUGCAUGAUGAGACAAGGGAGCACUUAUUUGUACAAUGUGAGUUUACUAAAAAGGUGUGGAGGAGGGUCGGGCAAUGGAUGCAAAUGCAGUACUAUAACCCUGUCAACUGGGGCCAGGAUCAACAGUGGCUCAUCCACAACUUAAAAGGAAAAUCCCGGAAAGCACAAAUAUUCAAACUGGUCUGUACUGAAGCCACAUAUGCCAUCUGGAUUGAGAGAAAUGCUAGAAUAUUUGAAAAACACAGUAGAACUUGGGAACCUAUAGCUAAGGAGGUUAUGUAUGUUGCGUGUGUUAGAGCUACACCUACUACAAUGACAUUCAUAGCUUUAGACUCUAGUUAG